UCUUGCAUAUAUAAGUUACGUUGCGUGUGGAAUAAUAUCUCGUGCAUUUAUGUGUUUAAUUAAAAAUACCGGCAAGAUAUAGAAUCUUGUAUGUUUCCGAGAGUUGGCAACAGUUGAACAUGCGCGAUAUUAAAGUGAGUAGACUGUUGAAACUCAGGUUAAAGAUUACAAAAAAUAAUCGCGUUUACGAAUCAUAAAAGAACAUAUGCUUAUUCCGUUUCGUAAGUAAACGAUAAGCAACUCGGUCACACCGACGGCACAUGAUCGCGCGGUUUAAAACCAGCAGAUGCGGAUAUUUAAUCGUUACGCGUGAAAUGUCGAAACAACGAACUGCGAAAAGCGAGAAGACACGAAAGGUGGCUACCACUACCAACAAUCAAUCUGCAGGACCUGUGGUCUUAGAUAAAAACGGGAAUGUAGCGAUAAAAAUCCAGGCUAAACCCGGAGCAAAAUGUAACAAUAUAACCGAUAUAUCUGACGAAGCAGUAGGAAUUGCAAUCUCAGCUCCACCAACGGAAGGUGAAGCCAACGCCGAACUCGUCAAAUAUUUAGCUUCGAUUUUUGGCUUACGAAAAUCCGAUGUAUCGUUGGACCGGGGAUCUCGAAGUCGGCAAAAAAUAGUUGUGGUAUCAGGAAUUACAACAGAUCAAGUUUUGGCGAAAUUGAAAAGUGAAAUGGAAAGUUGAAAAAGUUCUUUAUUGUGUAUAAAAAAAAAAAAAAUGGUUUUUUGUUAUCAAAGAGUUUCUCUUAAUAUUAUAUGUUAU